AUGUCAUUUAACUAUGAGGGGACGGUGGGCGGCGCAUCUGGCUAUGCUGCAGGCUUCCUCGCAAAAGACUGGUUUACGCCCUCUCUUGCUCCUCUGGGCGAGCUUUCAUUCAAUCUACACGAGUCUCUAGCAGCUGAGAAUGGUGGCGCGGAAAAAUGGGGCUACAUGAAAGGCACGGCUAUGAGUCUGGCUCCUAGCAUGGGCAGCAAAAUGGGACUUCGCGGUGACGACUGGCUCACUGCAGGUGCUAGUCGAGCCGAGACUGCUGCUGGAUCGAGUGAGUCAGCUAUAGUUGAAGUCCCAGAGUGGUUGACUAGGCAGAAGGGAAUGGCGUUGGAGAGAAUUAGUGAUGAUGAUACUGCCCAAGUCGACCCACUGAAACUGUCCACGUUUCUGAUGGAUUCGGCGAUCUCUCGUGGGGUCCAACUUCAUCAACCUGCCCAAGCUGUCUCGCUACAGAUGGAGAUGGUGACACUACCACAGGGAUCACGAUCUUAA